UCAGGUCCCUGCCACUGUUAGAACUAAAAUUUGCUAGUACAGUCAUACCUUUGUUCCAUGUCUGGCUGGCAGCCUCGUUCGCUCAGGCAACUAACGUUACCUCGCCGCUAGAGAAAGGUCUACCGUAGCAUGGUUUUCCUCGCAGCGAUCGUGGUAAAACCUGAUGAAGACAGGAAAUUCGCUGUAGUCAGAGUGUAGACGCGAUUAUGUGGUAUUGAAUAGCGUCAAUAGGUUCCAGGCUGUACAGCGAUAGCGUGGAGAGUAACACGAAGGAGAUAAUAUAGCUCUAGUGGAGUGUGGACUGUGGAGCAGACGAUACGAUAGAAUGUCGCGAAAUGGCACUUCGUCAUGUUCUUGCGAAGCCAUUCUGAACACGUCGAUGUACAGCUGCAUCGCCAUGGUAGCGGUGGUGUACGUCGGCGCCGGCCUGUACGCUCUGUGGAAGCUGCGACGUCAUCGCAAGGUGCUACUCUUACCACUGGUCUUCCUCAUCGCUGGGCUGUUCACGGCCGGGCUGACGUGCUCCGUCACUUGUUCGGUGCUGGCCAAGAUAUUUUGUCUGAUGAAGGUGCACAUGAUGCUAUGCAAGAGCUACUUCUUCUUUCUGCUGGGCAUCGCCGAAGCCAUUUUCUUACUGGCGGUGGCCGUCUCCCAUAGCUAUUUCAAUAUCUGAGACACAAAUAGGCAGGCGUUGGCAACAAUGUGGCCAAGUUCCAGUAACGCCAAACACGGCGUGCAUCUCCUCACAGAGAUCAGGUGACAUUGCUGUCCUCUCGCAGUCCUCUCUUGACUCCACCUCCAGUGAACUGCGCCAAGUCAUUGAUGGCAUGCCACACUGGAUUGAAACUCGUAACGGCAUCAGCGAGUAAGGUGACUCACCACCGAAAGAAGGGAAUCGUUCUAGUUGCUACACACUCGGGCACCGUCUCCCCAAUACAUCAUUGUACUUUCGCUUGGCCGGUUGCUUGCAGCGAGCACAGGUGAGAACUGGAGAUCCAGCCGGAAUGACAGCUUUCAGGACAGCGGAAAGACAGCGUGGCACGAAGACACGGCAGCAGCAACACUUGUUCGGCGAGUAUGCCAUGGCUGUCAGUUGCUUGUACUUGAGAUGGCCAAUCCCGGCUGCAUCGGCAUCCGUUGCACGCUAGCACUGGUAGCAUUGUGCACCGUUCGGCCGGAGAGCUUCCUGACCUGCAGUACCCGGUCCUCUACAUGCGGCAGUAACUGCUACAAGUAAGAACCCAGGCGUCCGGCGUCUUGCCUCUCGUUAUCCUGGCCAGUGCAGCCAAGCAGGUUACUUGUCCUGCAUGUGUAGGUGGUGACGGCGCUGUGUGCGCUGCAAUAGAAUACACAUUCGAUUACACAUUCUGCUCUCAGAAUUUAAAAUUCUUGGAUGACCAGAAUGAGCUACAAUGCAGUCAUGAAAACCGGUACGUUGUGAGUUCCGUUAUCAAGAUCUACACGAGAAAGCCGUGGAAAGCAACGGUAUAUACGGCGGCUCUAAUGUACGAAUUGAUUCUACAUGUAUACCUGACAUAUUGCCUGUACGUGCAGCAGACAAAGUCGAGCUAGGAGAGCGUACAGUGAGUGCCGAAGUUCUAUCGGGAGAUGGAGAAACUCUGCCCCCGCGUCCGAAUUGGCGGGAUUGGAUUCCGUGGAUUCUGACGGCGACAUCUGAACGGUGCCUGCAUUGUCGGGACUUCUAGAGAAAAUAGGAUUGUGUGUGCGUGUAAUUGAACAUGCCCAAUGUGCGCGCACAUGUGUGUGUGAGUGUGUGUGUGUGUGUGUGUGUGUGUGUGUGUGUGUGUGUGUGUGUGUGUGUGUGUGUGUGUGUGGCCAAUAUUAGUGACGGUCAAUUCAUCAGCCUUGCAAGCUGUUGAAUGGUGUAAUCUCAGCACAAGUUGCUAUGUCUAACAUACAUGUAGACUGGUCGCUAUCAUCACUCCAGUGACGGGCACGAGUGUGGGUAUGAGUGUGUGUAUGAGUGUGUGUGUAUGUGUGUGCAUGUGUGUGUGUGUGUGUGCGUGCGUGUGUGUGUGUGUGUGUGUGUGUGUGUGUGUGUGUGUGUGUGUGUGUGUGUGUGUGUGUGUGUGUGUGUGUGUGUGUGUGUGAAUAUAGAACACACAUAUCAUGGGUGUGUGUGUGUGUGUGUGUGUGUGUGUGCAUGUGUGCAAUUCUGCAACCAGGCUUUCUUUUCUUGCCGUCCCUGUAUGGAUGGCACACAUGCUUGGGCCUGCCUGCGUGCAGUGCUGCAUGUCUUGCUGGCUCAGUAUAACACUUUGAAGAUAUAUAGAUGUAUGCGUAGAAUCUUGGUCGCAGCUGUGUGCCCUGUGCAUGGCACGUCUCUUCGUGCUACUCUCCGUUGACCUUUGUGGGUAUCAAAAGGCAAUUGAUUCACUCGCCAUUGUUGCGACUGGCAGUGGAUGUGAAGAAAUGCCUCAAAGACCCCCCCCCCUCCCUCUCCCUUUCAUUGCCUGGAUUUCGAACAGCAAUCACUCUGUCCAUGUCAGAGCUAUUGUUCUUUGUCUACGGAUAUAUAUAUUUAUGGCAAGUUAUAAGGACGAAACAGUUGUGUCCGCAGAUUGAGUAUUUGGCUCCUGCUCCUAUAGCAGUUGAGUACUCUCAUGUGGGGUACCGGUAGUGCCUUCGCUGUUUGCGUUAUGCAGAGCUCGCUGACUUGUCAGUUUGUUUUUCCAUUGCUAUCAGUUUCGACCUCA